CUGCAGGCGGGGACAGUCGAGCGCUACGUCGUCUCCACGCACAGCCUUACGGAGCCGCCACUGCGGAGCUCCAGCCCUGCUCCUUGCGCAUCCGCCCGGAGCCCCUCGGCAUUCACGCUGCGCCAUGGCCAAGGCCGCCGAUGUUUGGUCGGACCUCCGCCUCGUCUUCUGGCUCGCCUGCCUCCUGCCUUUGGGCCCGGCGAGGGUGGCUGCAGGUCUCUAUAAUCUUAGUCUUACUACUGAUGGUCCCGCUACCAUUGGCACAGAAGUGACCAUCUCAGCCAGCCUGGUGGUCAAGGACAAUGGCAACCUGUCCCUGCCUUUAGACGCCCACUUCUAUCGUUUCCACUGGAUCCACGCACCACUGACCCUCACUGCCAAGACCGAGAAGAAUCUAACCUCAACUAUCCACGUGGUGGGCAACAGGCCUGGGGACUUUCCAAUCACUGUCUGGGUCACUGCUGUCGACUGUUGGAUGUGCAAGCCCUUAGCCAGGAGUGCUCUGGUCCUCCCCAUCAAAGAGUCACUUGUGGGAAACCUAGUCAUUACCCAAAAUUCCUCUGUGUCUUGGCCGAACUCCUACAUCACCAAGAAAACCCUCAGAAUCUCCUUCCUCCUCCAUGACCCAAGCGACUUCUUCAAGUCAGCUUCCUUCUUCUACCGAUGGGACUUCGGAGACGGGACCUUGUUGAUAACCGACAACCCUGUGGCCUAUUACAACUAUUCGAAUGCUGGAACCUUCACGGUGAAGGUCAGGGUGGUGGCAGAAUGGGAGCAGACAAAGCCGGAUGCCACGAAGGGCAUCGUGCAGAAGAGCGGAGACUUCUCGGCUUCCUUAAGGCUUCGGGAGGCCCUUCAAGGCAUCCAGAUUUCGGCGCCCACCCUCUUGCAGACAUUCCAAAAGUUGACAAUGAGCCUGAACUUCCUUGGGAGCCCCCCUCUGCAGGUGUGCUGGGGCCUCAAGCCGGCAUGUCUCCCAGUGGAGGACAGAGAGUGCCACCCUGUGUUGGUGACCGGCACAUCUUUGAACGUGACCCACGUCUUCCAGGACCCCGGGGACUACUGCUUCAUCUUCCGAGCUGAGAAUGCCAUCAGCAGGGCAAACCAGUUCCAUAGGAUUCAGGUGUGGCCCUCCACCUUCCAGCCAUUUGUCUUUGCUUUCCCCUGUGCCACGCUGAUCACCGUGUUGCUGGUUUUCAUCAUGUACAUGACUGUGCGGAGUGCUACUCAACAGAAGGACAUAACGGAGAGUCCAGAAGUCACUGGACUCAAGUGCUGCUGCCAGCUAUGCUGUGGAUCCCUCUUUCUGGACUCGCCGUCCGAGUACCUGGAAAUCGUCCGCGAGAACCAUGGGCUGCUGCCGCCCCUCUACAAACCCAUGAAGACGUACAACGUGUGAACUCCCCACCCCGUACCUCUCAGUGUUCACCGAUCACCUGUUGGGAGCUUCAGGCAGGGUGGCGUAUGCUACUGAGCAGGAGGGGUUCACACAGGGGCGGCCAUUGGCCCAGACUGGCCUUGGAUCUGUGCAGCCCAGCUGCUGUCAUUUGUCUUUGUGCCGCUCUCCCAGCUGUCGUCCACCCAUCCGCACACUCCAGUCACCGCUAUAAGCUUCCCCCUCCCCCUCCCACCCCGUGCGGAGCAGGAUUCCGAUAGUCGUGUGUCCUCUUAAGACUCUCCCAAGUGGACCUGGCUGCCCCUCGCCCUUUGCUUUCGUGUUAGCUCGUCUGUUGCUCAUUGGGGAUUCCUGAGGCCUUCCUCAAUGCAGUUCUGCCUGAACCGGAGAGAACUAGGAAGGAGGUCACAGAGGGUUACGGAUGCAGAGAGAAAGGUAAUGAACACUCAGAUGGGCACACGCUUACAGCAAGGAAGGAUCACACGUGUUUGGUGGCGCAUCUCAGAUGAUCUGCUGUGUGUCUACAAAGCUGGCUGCUGGGAUGAGCCUGAGCCAAAACUCAAAUGCAGCCCCUGAGCCUGCUCCUCUGUCCUUUGUCUCUGCAGUUCCGUCACCAGGCCGUUCUGUUCCCUGCCUGCUUGCUGAAAGCUGAGUGGUGGGAGCAGGGCAGAAUAAACACCGGGGAGGGAAGACUGCUUUAGAAAUUGACCCUCUUUGUUGAAACCCGUAAGAUCAGGGUCUGCUGAGAAAAAAGAAGAAAAGAAGUUGGAGCAGAAAGAAAGUUGGACACUUGGGAGGCAGAGGCAGGCGGAUCUCUGUUAGUUCGAGGCUAGCCUGGUCUACAAGCACUAGUUCCAGGACAGGAACCAAAAGCUACAGAGAAACCCUGUCUCGAAAAAUCCAAAAAAAAAGAAAGGUGGAGCUAGUGAAGAUUUGGGCUCUGUGUGUGUGUGUGUGUGAUACCUUAUCCACUCAGUUGCUCCCAAGGUAGUAGAAGGAAGAAUCAGGAGGCAAAAGACACCUUAAAAGAUUAUAACCAGAAGCCUGGUGUGGUGGCGCACACCUUUAAUCCCAACACUGGGGAGGCAGAGGCAGGCAGAUCUCUGAACAGGUUCAAGGUCAGCCUGGUCUACAAAGUGAGUUCCAGGACAUCCAGAGUCACAUAGGGAGUCCCUAUCUCAAAAAAAAGAAAGGAAGGAAGGAAGAAAAGAAGGAAAGAAAAAGGAAUGAACAAAGAAAAGGAAAUAAAAGGAUGGUAAGUAGGUACAGAUGUAGGCAUUUGUUCUUACCUGUGCACCUAGCACAGUAGGGCAGCCUGCACCUGUUGGAUAAUGAUGGUCAAGACUGUAAAGGUAGCUCUCUGUCGCUGUGACCGCUGGUUAGUAGCUCUCCUUUGCUGUAACUGCUGGUUAGCAGUUCUCUGUCGCUAUAACAGCUGGUUAGCAGCUGUCUGUCUCUGUAACCACUGGUUGGCCCUUGGACAUCCUGCUGAGAUAUAGUGUCCUCUCUUGUACCGCUCAUUCCCAUGACAUCCUGCCAUUGUCCCUGAAUAAAAGCUUCAUCCAGCGCA